AUGUUACGCCUCAUCGUCUUUAUUGCAAUAUUCAUAUCAAAUUCAGUCAGUGAUAAUCUUACAUUUACGCCAACGGCAAUUCGAAUUUCACUUAAUGAAUUACCUGAUCCUUAUGCGACGUCCUCUGUAAGAAAAUCACCUAAAAUCGUUAGUCCUCCAAGUAAUCCAAAGUUUUAUUUACCGGAAAAUUUUACCAUAUCAGUUUAUAAAGAUGACUUGAAUCGACCACGUUGGUUGUGUUAUACGCCCACUGGUGAUUUACUCGUUACAGAGAUUGGUGCAAAUAAGAUCACCAUUCUCAUUGAUACAAACAAUGAUUCAUAUCCGGAUGAAACACAAACAUUUGCUGAUUCGUCAAACGGGUUAAAUCAACCAAUCGGUAUGGUAUUUUUCAACGGAUAUUUUUAUGUUGGAAAUCAGGUGGAUGUUCGACGUUAUCCGUAUCAAAAUGGAAGUCGUAGUAUUCAAGGCACAGGUCAAAUAUUGAUGAGAUUUCCUGGAGGAGGACAUUGGACAAGAAAUAUCGUUAUUGCACCUACAAAUGAUCGACUCUAUGUUACAAUAGGAUCAGCGAGUAAUGUAGAUGAAGAACCCUCGCCUCGUGCAACUGUACAAGUAAUAAAUUUAGAUGGUACAAAUAAUCACACAUUUGUCUCAGGAGUUCGUAAUCCAGUCGGUUUAGCAUUUCAUCCGGUGACAAACGAUCUUUAUGCUGCCGUACAAGAACGUGAUCUCUUAGGCGAUGAUUUGGUGCCAGAUUAUUUCACUCAUAUACAACAGGACGAAUUUUAUGGCUGGCCAUACUCUUAUUUAAGUUCGAAGAAUAUCGAUCCAAGACGUAGAUUUACUAAUGGCACAAGCGAACGACCUGAUUUAGUUGCACAAACAAAAAGUCCAGAUGUUUUAUUUCAAGCUCAUUCAGCCGUUCUCGAUAUGCGAUUUUAUACAGGAAAAUCAUUUCCACAACGAUAUCAAAAUGGCGCAUUUGCUACAUUAAGAGGCUCAUGGAAUAAAAAUACCGGUACCGGAUAUAAAAUUGUUUUUAUUCCAUUCGGUUCAGAUAAUCGUCCUUUAGGCUACUAUGAAGACUUUAUCUACGGCUUUCUAACGAAACCAGAAGUUCCUGAAACAUUCGGGAGACCAGUUGGUCUACUCGUUCUGAAAGAUGGUAGUUUACUUUUAACUGAAGAUGGAAAUGGACGAAUAUACCGUGUUCAGUUCAACGGUUCAAAUGAAUUUAGUUUCUCAUACGUUGUUAUGGUAUUUAUUACAUUUGCUAAAUCAUUGUUCACACUAAUUUCCAAUUUUAUGUGA